AUGGCUGAAUCGACAUCGGCCCCCAAGCUCAAUAUCGACGUCGAGUUCUCUGGCGGCCUGGAGAUGCUCUUCUCCAACAAGAGGCAGCAUGCUCUGACCAUUCCCGCGGCAGACCAGGACGGGAAACCCGUUGACAUUGCGUAUCUGAUCGAUCAUCUAUGUCAGAAUGUCAUGGAUGAUUCUCGCAGAGAUCUUUUUGUUCUAGACAACCACCUGGUGGCAAUCAGUCGACCGGGUAUCCUGGUUCUGAUCAAUGAUGCAGACUGGGAGCUCGAAGGUGAGGAGGCCUAUGAGAUCCAGAGCGGUGACAACAUCUUGCCUCAAAACAUCACCGCAAGUCGGUCAGAGGAGUACCAGUACGGCUUUUAUUGA